CCAGGCCUGAUCACCAGCAGCCAGUCUGCUGCCUACGCUAUCAGCAAGUUCAUCAGCGGGGUGCUGUCGGACCAGAUCAGCGCCCGCUGGCUCUUCUCCAUCGGCCUCUUUCUGGUGGGCACCAUCAACGUGGUCUUCUCCUGGACCUCCACUGUGAGCGUCUUCGCAGCGCUGUGGUUCAUCAACGGGCUGGGCCAGGGGCUGGGCUGGCCCCCCUGCGGGAAGGUGCUGAGGAAGUGGUUCGAGCCGUCUCAGUUUGGGACCUGGUGGGCGGUGCUCUCCUGCAGUAUGAACCUGGCGGGGGGGCUGGGCCCGCUCGUCGCCACGGUGAUGGCGCUCAGCUACAGCUGGAGGACCACGCUGUCCAUCUCGGGGCUGAUCUGCAUCGCCACGUCCUUCCUCUGCCUCCUCUUCAUCCAGAAUGAGCCGGCCGACGUAGGGCUGCCCAACAUCGAACCUGGGACAAAGAAGGGCAAAGGGGGCUCCUCGGAGAGUGACAAGAGCACCCUGAAGGAGUUCCUGCUGUCCCCCUACCUCUGGGUUCUCUCGGUCGGGUACCUGGUCGUGUUUGGAGUGAAGACCGCCUGCACGGACUGGGGGCAGCUCUUCCUCAUCCAGGAGAAGGCCCAGUCCAUGCUCAUGGGAAGCUCCUAUAUGAGUGCUCUGGAGGUGGGGGGUCUGGUUGGCAGUAUCGCCGCGGGGCUCCUCUCUGACAGGGCCGUCGCUCGGCAAGGCCUACGUAGUCAUGGCAACCCUCGGCACGCCCUCCUGCUCUCUAUGAUGGCCGGGAUGACCGUGUCCAUGUACCUCUUCCGGGUCACCAUCACCCCUGACUCCUCCAAGGAGUCUACUCUCUGGACACUGGCUCUUCACCCUCUCUCUAUCCUCACUGGUUUAUCGGAACAAGAGAUUUUGAUUCUCUCGUUGGGGGCUCUCUUCGGUUUCUCCUCCUAUGGACCAAUCGCAUUGUUCGGGGUGAUAGCCAAUGAGAGCGCUCCUUCUAACUUCUGUGGGACGUCCCACGCCAUCGUUGCACUGAUGGCCAAUGUGGGCGGUUUCUUGGCUGGACUUCCCUUCAGCACCAUUGCCAAGCACUACAGCUGGAGCACUGCGUUCUGGGUAGCGGAGGUGACCUGCGCCAUGACCACGCUGGUCUUCUUCCUGCUCCGCAACAUGCGCACCAAGAUGGGCCGCGUGUCCAAGAGGUCUGACUGAGCCGCGAGUUCACAGCGCCACCCCGCCGCGGCGCAGAGGAGCGGCCUGCUGACACGCCACGUAGCAUAACAACACACGGGCAGGCCCUUUCCUCACUGGUCAGUCCGAUUACCCAUCCACCAAUCCAGUUCCAGAGAACGCGUCUGGAAACUGAGCUCAGCCAUUUUUUUUAGGAAUUAACUAAAUAAAAUAUUUUGCUAGUAACAAAAGGAUUUGCAUUACCCAGCCCCCUACCAUGUCAUUAUUUCUGUGUUUUAGGAAUAGAUAAUACUCAUGAAAGGGUCAAAAACCCUUUAAAACAACAUUGUGUCCUGAAUCAGCUGUUUGAAUUACACACUGAGGCAGUCACUCUGCACAUUGUUUAACACUGCCUGUGUUACACCUGCUACCACCUUAUCGGUAUCACAACAAUCUAAGACAACCCAAACACAGCGCAAUGAUGUCUGUAAGAAAGCUGAACACCUCCCUUGGUGUCUUCGAAUCUGCAAACAGAAGAUUGUAUUUUUUAAUAAGAUGGGUAACAGUUGCAUACCUUUUUUUUUUUUUUUUUUAAAUAGAUAUUUUAAUACAAUAUGUUAUGUGUCAGGGAAAUUAGCCGUUUUAUUUAUUUUUUUGCCUGGUUUGUUAGAAAUCAGAUUUUUCCCCCCUAGCAUCAUCUUUAUCUGGUACGAACCCACACAGCUUCCUUGUAAACGACUAAGAAAGUAUUAUUUCAAUAAAACAGGUAACACCACUUCUGAUAAUAAUGAUUAUUACCUGUGAUAGAUGUUUUAUUAAACGACAGUCGUCUAUUUUUGAUUCCAGUAAGGACAUGACUGUGAGUUGGUGUUACAUUACAAAGCUGUGUGUAUGUCAUUAAUAAAAUAUCUCAACACUAAGAGUAUUAAAACA